AUGAGCAAUCAGAUUUAAGAUAUUAUCUCUAAAAGAGAUGAUUAUAGAAUUAAAAUUUUCAAUUUAUUCUAUACUACUGCUAAGAUAUGCAAAUAAUUCAUUUCAUAAAAAUGUAUCAGAAAAAUUAAGUAAAGUAAAGAUAAGGCCAAUAGCUUAGGAGAUUCUAUGGAUGAAGUCUCUUUGAAAUUAAAAUUAGCUACUGAUUAUAAAAAAAAUGAAAAAGCUUUAGAAGCUAUAAAAGAUAUUAAAUCAACUCAUUUAAAAGCUCUCGCUUUACAUUUUAUUUUGGAAAUAAAGCAGUUCAAUAUUGAAAAGCAACUUGAAUUCUUCAAUAAGGAGUUCUCUGGCGACUAUUAAACUGCAUUAAAUUAAUUAAAGGAAGAUCUUAAAAAUAAGGACAGCAUAGUAGCAAUCUAUAAAAGAAAAUUUGAAAGCCAUGCAAGGUAUUUAUAAUUCUUGGAAUAGUGUGAUAAGAUUAUGGGAGUAGUAAGUAACAAGCUAGGAAAGAGUAAAAGUAGGAGGUAAUAAAAGAAAGAAAAGCUAAAACUCAAAAAAUAGAAUUAAUAAUAAAAAUCUUCUGAAGUGCAAUAGAGUAAAUCACAAUAAGAUGGUGAGUAAAUAGCAGAAAAAGAAGAAUAAAAUGAUUAAAAUGAGAACCAAUUAAAAGAAUAACAAACAAAUGAAUAGAAGAAAUAGAAUAAUGGUGAAAAUAAAUAACAAAAAUAAAGUUAGAAAGAAAUUAAACAAAAAUCUAUUUAAUAAAAGUAUGACAAAUUAGCCUCUAAAUAUAGAAACGAUACUCCUAAAGAAAGAACUGAGUUUAAAAAGAAAGGUAAGGAAAGAAAACAAUAACUUAAACAAGAAAAGUUUGAAAAGAGAUAAAAAACUGAAAAAUAAGAACAAGAAAACUCUAAUACAAGAAAGAAUUUUAAAUAGCAAAAUUUGCAAGAAAUAGAUAAGUUGCAUCCUUCUUGGGCUGCUAGGUUGCAACAAUAGUAAUAAUAAUAAAAUCUUUUACAAUUUUAGGGAAAAGUAACAAUGUUAUGA